AUAAGAAAUAAGAAGAAGGAAAUGUUGGUUAUAAUAAAAUGUCAAAAGAAGAAAUUCUCAAACAAUACAGAAACGAUGUAGUAAAUAUUAUAAAAAGUGCCAAAGAAUUAAGUCUGAACGAUGAAGAAAUCAAAUUGCUAUUCAAAGAAUCUUUCUCCGAGCUCAAAAAUGAAAUAAACCGCUCAAAGGCAAUCCAUAACCCGACAAAAGCUCAAAAUUCCUGUAGUACUUUUAGAAACACAGUUUUACUAUGUAUUAUACUUUUCCUUGCAAUUUAUGUAUUGUUGAAUGUUCAUCAGCCAACGUCAAGUAUAGUUUUGAGAAAUGUUCAAGGUUUGACUCAUCCUACAUUAAAAAUUGUGAGGUUUUUAUCUGUUCCAAUCAUAAAGCUAUUCCCAUCACUGACAGAUUUAUAUGAUGAAAGUUGUCUGGUGGAGAACCCAUACUUUUAUGUAUCAGACAUGGAAUGUUGGCCAUGUGAAAAUAUCAAUAGUGUGCUGAAUAUAACUAAAGUUGAGGAAAACCUGAUCAAAUCAGGAUCUGGCACACCUUUCAUAAUUAAGACAAACCAAAGUUUGGUUACCUUCCAUACCUUACAAAAAGUGUACAACAACAACAAAAAAAUCCUUGAUGCUGAAGCUAAAUCAUUCAAAUCCACUAACACUUCCAUCAUUACACUGAAAGACCUGUUCAGUAACAGUAUUAAUUUCAUAUCUUCCAACAUACAUAUCUCCUGGCGCAUCAACAAAAUGGCACCUGCUAGAGUUAUUCGCCAAGUAUUCCCAAAGCCAGAAUUUCUGCCUGAACGUUCAGGACAGAGUGUAGAGAGAUUUGUGUUCAUAGAUGGGGACAAAUCAGAGCCCUAUACUCUGCCCAACACUGAGUGCAGUAAUGUUUUUGUGGUUCAGGGAAAGGGGCAGAGAAGUAUUGUCUUGAAACCAUCCAAAGAAUGUGCAGGGAAAUGCAGGACUGUUUCUGUGGUGUUGAAAGCCUCUUAUGUCUUAUGGUAUAAUUGGUGGUACUGGAGACCCGUCAGUCUUCCCACACAAAAAUCAAGUGGUCCUUCCAUAACUUAUAUCAAUUCUUACUGUUAGUUAUUUUAUACAGCCAUUUAUCAUAUUUUAACCAAUAAUAUCUGAAUAAAGUCUGAUUUUAUCUGG